UGUAUGUGACAUAUAUAGGCUUAAUCCUAGACGCCAAGUAUAAAUACAUAGUUCUAUGAUUGUCACAAAACACUCCCGAAAGUAUUAAAAAAUAGUAGCAUAAUGUUCGCCGUUUCUUCUCCUUUGUUUUCUAAUUUAGGCUUGUCCUUGGCAGAUCCCACAAGCCAGGAACUGAACACCAUAGAAAAUCCAGAUUCAGGUACCAAUAUUCCUCGUUAUCAUUCAUCAUCUCGUCCAAGCAUUGUACACAGUGAAUCCAAGAAUUUUAAUGAGUUUAAUAAUGGUGAUUAUCGAAUAGUGAAGAAGCUUAAUCACAAUGCGAAUGAGCGUGACCGGAGAAAAAAUACUAAUAGCUUGUAUUCUUCUCUUCGUUCUUUGCUUCCAGCUACUGAUCAAACGAAAAAAGUAAGCCUUCCGGCUACAGUAGCAAGAGUGCUAAAGUACAUACCAGAGUUAAAGAAAGAAGUGGAAAGACUGACACAGAAGAAAGAAGAUCUCACAUUAAGAUCAAUCCCUAAGAAAGAAUAUUCAGCUGAUUUUAAUAAGCAAACAAUAAGAGGAGGAAUUCAGAAUUCUUUAUCAGUUGUCUCAGCAAAUAAAGUGGGAGAUAGAGAAAUCAUGAUUCAAAUAUCUAUUUUGAAGACCAAUAAGAGUUCGUUUGCCGAAGCUAUAUCAGAAUUAGAGGAGGAAGAACUUCUCCUACUUAAUGCAUCUUGUUUUCAGACUCUGCAAGAUAGAGUUUUCUACAAUUUGCAUUUUCAGGUACAAGGAACUUUACCAGUUAACGUUCAAAUAUUAAGGGACAAGCUCUUAGCGUAUUACGAGACAGAAGACAAGUUCUUACUACCGUGGAUUUCUGGCUCUCGUACAUAGAAGCUUCAUCAUGGAUACAUAAAUUUAAACAAAUGGAGCAUGUAUUUCUCUUGGGCAAAACUGAAAUCUAGACCGAAAUUGUACAUAAAUCUCGGUCUAGAUUUCAGCUUAUCGAAAUUUCAAUGCAAAGCACAUAAAUUUGCUCAAUGUAUGUGCUUUACACUAAAUAAAUCGAACUAGGUAUGCAGCAUUAUUCGCCGGAGCUCCGGCAAGAAGUGUGAAUUGGGCGUGUUGUAAUGAGAUAAAGUUUAGACACGAUUUUGUUCGCAAUAAAUUUUC